AUGAGUUUGGAUCAAGGAUUGAGCAAUUUAAGUCUCUAUGAUGCCAAGAAGUAUUUCAGAAAAGCACAGAAUGUAGUUUUCAAUUACACCGAGAUGGAGGCAAAAGUCCGGGAGGCUACGAACAAUGAGCCAUGGGGGGCUUCUUCCACGCUAAUGGAGCAGAUUGCACAGGGUACUUACAACUACCGCGAGCGUGAAGAAGUGUUAGGGAUGAUAUUCCGUCGGUUUACUGAAAAGACAGCUAGCGAAUGGCGGCAGAUUUAUAAAGCACUGCAAUUGCUAGAAUAUCUUGUGCGGCACGGUGCUGAAAGAUUUAUCGAUGAUAUACGUGCAAAUUUAUCCUUGGUGAAAAUGCUGGAAAGUUUUCACUAUACCGAUUCCCAGGGCCGCGACCAAGGAAUCAACGUGAGGAACAGGGCUCUGGAGCUAGUUUCUCUUUUGGAAAACGACUCCAGUAUACGCUCGGAACGUAAAAAAGCUCGUGAAACCGCUAAAAAAUACAAGGGCGUUGCAGGAGGGGCUCCUUCUUCGUAUUUGCCCCCUUCUGCUAUCAACAAAACAGCUGGUUUCGGCAGAUCCACGAGUCGUGGCAUCUCUGUCAGUGCAGACUUUGACAGCGACGACGAGGACAUUCGCCAAGAAAAUGAGUCCAAGGGAUUCAGAGAUGACUCUUCAUCCGCAGCAGCCAAAAAUGGUGGCUAUGCUAGCAAUGGUGAAGUGACCGAGAUUUCAAUGGGCGCGCCUGACGAGGACGACGAUUUUGCUGACUUCCAAAGUGCAGCACCCGUGAAACAGCCCAGAACCGCCAGCUCGCAAGGAAUUCUGGACAUUUAUACCAGCGUACCGCCUCAAGUAUCAAAUUCCAAUAACCGGGAUAAUUUGGUUUCAUUUUCGGCGGUCUCCACUCCGCGCUCCACCAGUGAAGUUGUCCCCGCUGUUGCUCAAAAGAAGGCUGAUCCAUUUGGCUCGCUAUUUGCCAACGCCAAGCAAACGAAAGAAGCAUCCGCCCCAUAUACUACGCCCUCCUCAGUGGACAACAACCUGGAAACCAAACAUAAUCACGCGAAUGAUGAUGAAGAUGACGAGUUUGGUGAACUUGAAGGAGCAGCAGCAAGGACUUCCGCGGCCCCUUCAGCAGUUAACAACCAAGAAUUGGACUUAUUGAGCUUUUGA